UUACCGAGGUGCCUCUUUCAAAACGAAUCGAGUCUUAGCCGAACCAAGACAAGACGAUGGACGCUUUUUCUUUAAUUCUCUGUGAUGAUAGUUUUUUCUCACUAGUGAACACGUGCUUUGUUUAUAUAUUAAAAUGACGUGAUUUUUGUGCAAAAUUUGAGGAUAAGGAUUAACACAUGAGAGGUGACAAUGUGGUCGUCUUUAUUCCUUCUGAUAACGAGUUGCUGGACAAUAUGGGCACAGAUCAUAAACAGAGCACCACAUUUUAUUCAUGGAGGAGACAUGGCAAGGUUAUCAGUUUCCGAAGGCACUUUGCCAGGCGCUCCAGUUUACACACUUCAAGGGGAAGAUCCCGAAGGCUCAAGACUGCAUUAUUCCAUCAGUGGGGAAUAUUUUACCGUUGACAGGGAGAGUGGCGUUGUAAUACUCCGAAAGCCAUUAGAUCGUGAAGCUCAAGACAUUAUUGAAGUUAUUAUCAGUAUAACAGACGAGGGUAUCGCUGGCUCAGAACCAAAUACUGUAUCUUUACGUCGAGAAAUAGCGGUUCUGGAUGAAAAUGAUAAUGCUCCGGUGUAUCAUGGUCGUCCUUAUGCUGCCAGAGUACCAGAAAGUGCAAAAGUAGGAGGCCUCUUGCUCCCACCAGGAACAAUUACAGUAACAGACCGUGACGGCGGUGUCAAUGCGGACAUUUCCGUUUCUUGCAUUCCCGCUUCCAGUGAUGAUGAUGUAUGUCAAGUCUUCUCUGUGUCCUCUGAAAAGUUGGCAGAGGGAAAAUACGAUGUACAGAUAACUUUAUCCCAAGCACUGGAUUACGAGAAAAGAAAUUCGUAUCUUAUAAAUCUUGUCGCUAUCGAUGGAGCCAGUGAUCCUUUCAAAAGAUUACAAUCAAGAGCUACUAUUGCAGUUGAUGUUCUAGAUGUACAGGAUCAACGACCGAUUUUUUUGAAUUCACCGUACAGUGCUGCUCUUCCUGAAAAUACUCCGGAGGGUUAUCAAAUUUUAACUGUAAAAUCGCGAGACGGUGACAGUGGUGAACCAAGACCUCUGCUACUGACUUUAGAAGAUGAAGAGUUUGGUCAUUUUCGACUUGACGUUACACGCAAAGGCGAUGUAUCGAUUGGAAAAUUAAUAACGACAAAUAUUUCACUUGAUAGAGAGGAUCCAAAUAUUUUGCAGAAUGGGGGUAUUUAUAGUUUUAAAGUGAAAGCCACCGAACUUAUUAAUAAUGAGAUUCCUGGCGAUUCGUCCAUGUCAAUUGUUACGAUUGUUGUGACCGAUGUUGAUGAUCUGACACCAACUUUCAAUAAAAAUUACUUUUCGCUCAGAAUCUCUGAAGACAUCGGCAUGGAUACACCUCUUCCUGGUCUUAAUAUGGUUGUGAGUGACGGUGACGUUGGGGACAAUGCAAAGUAUUUUUUGGCCUUGCAAGACGUGCCUAAUUAUCCAGGAAUUAGUAAUGCCUUUGUUGUCAGUCCGGAGGAAGCUCAGGGAAGAGUUCCAGUAGUGAUAAGAGCCAGAGAUGACAGUGUAUUAGAUUACGACGUCUCUGAUCCAGCUUUACGAGAAAUAGAAUUCGAAGUCACUGCAUCCGUUGCUGGAACAAUAGUCGCCACUUGUAGAGUGCACAUUAAACUCGUUGACGCCAAUGAUCAUAGUCCGAAAUUUUUGAAGUCAGUCUACAAACUCUCGGUUCGAGAGGAUGCUGAGAUUGGAACACAUUUCGCUGAUGUAUUUGCAACAGAUCGAGAUAGUGGAAUUUUCGGGGACUUAACCUACAGUCUCGGUGGUUUUGGAUCAGAGAAAUUUAAGACUGAUCCAAAAGAGGGUGGUGUUUCAGUAGCGAAGGCAUUGGAUUAUGAGACACAAAAGUCGUACACAUUGACAAUUGAGGCCAAGGACGGUGGCGGAAGAGUAUCGAAUGUUAAUAUUCUCAUCGAAUUGGAAGACGUUAAUGACAAUGAACCUGUUUUUGAACAGCAGGAGUACUCGAGAACUGUGAGAGAAGGGGCCACUAGUUUCGAUCCUCAGAUGUUUGUCAGGGCCACUGAUAUCGAUGGUCCUAUGCAUGGCAAUGGGAAAAUCGUCUAUUCCAUCAGCAGUCACAAUAGUAUGACUGAUGGUAUUUUUAAGGUGAAUUCGGAAACUGGUGAGGUAACAAUGCUAAAACCGGUGCAGUCAGGAGACACUGAGCGUGGAAUUUAUCAACUUACGAUACGUGGAACCGAUCUUGGCAAACCGCCUUUGUAUUCGGAGACUAAAAUAUUUAUCCGAGUUGGCGUACCGGGAAAUCAGAAACCAGUUUUUCGGGGAAAUUACAAAGCUGGCACUCCUGGACCAAAUAGUUACAGAGCAAGACUUUUGGAAAAUGCUUCGUCUGGCACUGAAGUCAUCGUUGUAGUUGCUAAUGAUCCCGACGGCAGGGACAGUUUAUUACAAUACCAAAUUGCUUCUGGAGCCAAAGAUAACUUUGUCAUCAAUUCCAGUUCCGGUAUUAUAACAGUCUCUCCAGACGCGAGAUUAGAUUUAGAAACUGGUGGCGAUAAAUACAAAGUGAUUGUUUACGCAAUUGAUUCGGGAUUUCCUGUCAGGGAAACAGCAAGUACAACAGUCACUGUUAGCAUAAUUGAUGUUAAUAAUAAACCACCUGUUUUUAAGAACUCAACGUACCUUGUCUAUGUCUCUGAAAGAGCAGCCAUAGGGGAUCAAGUGUUAAAAGUAGCAGCCUUUGAUCCAGAUUUAGACGCAAAUAUCGAAUACUCACUGACAGAACCCAUAAGAGCUGUUGAUAAGACUGGAGUUGCUCUUAAAACAACAACACCUUAUGAUUAUAAAACAGCAUUUCGAAUUAAUUCUACAAGUGGAUUGAUAACAGUAAAUAGAGUACUUGACUAUCAAGUGGCUGCUGUUAUAAUUCUUACGGUUGAAGCGAGAGAUCUGAAUGCAAUGGAGAACAAAGAUAAUCAAGUGGCGCGAGUGGAAGUCACUGUUUAUAUUCAAGCAUACAGUGAUGAUAAUCCAACGUUCACUAAUGCUGGUUGGUCACCGAAUAAUCCUACCAUUCGUCUUUCGGUAUCUGAGGAACAACCUUUAGGAACAACUUUAAUGAUGCUCUCGGCUAAAGAACCAAUGACUGGAUAUCCCGUUCAGAGAUUUGAAUUGAUUAGGGAAAUCGAUGACGAGGGAUACGUUAAUGUUGGAGUGCAAAGCGGAAAUGUUGUUCUCAGUAAAAGACUCGAUUAUGAGACUCUCGAUCGAAAGUUGAUUAAAUUUAAAGUUCGAGCUCUGGCAAGAGAUUACGACAUUACUCGUCACAUGUCUGAAGCAAAUGUGAUAAUUCAAGUUCAUGAUAUCAAUGACAAUAGUCCGAUUUUCACUCAUAAAGAUUAUAAAAUUGCGAUACUUGAAUCGGUGACGCCUUCGAAAAUAAUUCUCAAUGUUAAGGCCACUGAUAUGGACAGUUCGAAUACAGAAGAGGAAAAGAAACGGGGAUACGGAGAAGUUAGAUAUUCAAUCACUGGCGAAAAUGCCAAUAUGUUUGAAAUAAAUUCGAUUAAUGGAAAUGUUCAGAUUGUUCAAAAUUCCAGUCUGGACAGGGAAAAACAAUCGGUUGUUCGAUUUUACAUUAUUGCGUCAGACAUGCCAGAAGGAGGAGUGGAACAGAAGACAACGAGAGCAUUGGUGACUGUUGACAUUUUAGACGUUAACGACAAUGCUCCGAGUUUUCUUCAAAAUUCCUACACGGCAGUAAUUCCCGAAAAUGCUGCACCCAGUGUCAGUAUCGUAAAUAUCACAGCUGUUGAUCCUGACGAAGGUGCGGGUGGUACUGUACAUUAUGAGAUUAUCGACGAAGGAGAGGCAAACGGUCUUCUGAAGAUUAAUCACACAUCGGGUGAAAUUUCAUCAGCUAGAAAAUUGACCGGAAAGGGAAGAACUGAUCCCUAUGUGAUGAGAAUAAGAGCCCAGGAUGGUGGACUUCCUUCUUUAUAUUCAGAUGUUCUGUUGACACUCUACAUUGGAGAUGUUGUCAGCAAUGAUGGAGUUCCACUUUUUAUUAGACCAACUUUAGAUGAAAUUGCGUACAUCGCGGAAAAUUCGACAAUUAAAAGUCCUGUGUUUCAAGUUGUAGCUUCUGAUCCCGAUGAUCCAAAUUUACCGAAUGGUAAAAUAAUGUUUAAAUUCCUGGAGGAUGGUAACUUUGUCAGUGAUUCGAGUGCUUUUCAGAUAAACAGCGAGACGGGUUUAAUUACCACGAGAAAACUAUUGGAUAGAGAGUCCAAGGACUCUUAUACUUUGAUUCUGAUUGCUCAGGAUUUAGGCAGUCCUCCUCAACAAGCGACUCGAAUACUUCAAGUAAAAAUUAUCGAUAUCGACGAUCAUAAGCCGCAUUUUAAGAGAAAUCUCUACAGUCCUCCGAUUGAAUUAAAUAUCCAAGAGGAGUUGCCCCUUAAUUCGAAGGUUGGCGUAAUUGAAGCUGUCGAUGAAGACAUUGAAGAGAAUGGAAUGAUUGAUUACGCGAUAAUUUACGGUAAUGAAGCGGGUAUUUUUUCGAUUGAACGCUUAGAGAAUAAUUCGGCAAUUAUAAAGGCGGUGAAACGAUUGGAUCGUGAGGCAAAUGAUAAGCAUUUACUGACUGUAAAGUGUUUCAAAUAUUUGCCGAAUAAGUUGGAGAGUUCGCUUUCUUUGAAACUUUAUAAUCGUCAAGAUCCAUCGGAGAGACAAAUUCUCGUGAAAGUGUUGGAUAUCGACGAUAAUAAACCGCAUUUCAUGAAGGAAAACAUAACUUUGGGUGUUCGUUUAAACGUACCAAUUGAUACGAGUCUGAUAACUUUAGAGGCUCACGAUCUUGAUUCGGAUGCACUGGCGAUAAAUUAUAUUAUGGGAAAUGUCUCGUUCGUCUCUCUAGUCGAUCCAACAAUGUCGCGAAAGGAAAUACCGUCAUAUUUGUCACUUAAUUCCGAAAGUGGUGAACUUAGAACCACUGGAUCAUUGGCGAGCUAUUCGGAUGGUUACAUGGAAAUUCCAGUAGCUGCUAAUAAUUCCAUUGAAGCCAAAAGGCAGACCAGUAUUGUUCUGAGGAUAUUUUUACUCAGAGAUAGGGACAUGUUGAAAUUUGUCUUCUCGAAACCACCGGCCGAAGUUAGUAAAACUUUGGAGAACUUUGAGAAAGCUGUACAGCAAGCUCUGUCGUUGCCAAUAAGUGUGAAUGUUUAUGAUACACAGUUUUAUUCGAAAGACGAUAAUUCACUUGAUUUUUCAUCGACGAGCUCCUGUUUUCAAAUGGUUGGAAAGGAAGUUUAUGAUCUUCGUGAAAUGAAGACUUUGCUGACUGAUCCAAAUAAUGAGGAGUUGAAGAAAGUUUAUAGAACAUAUCAUGUGGACAAGGUGCAAAAUUGUGCGAAAACUGUUUCUCGUGCUGAUGCAUCGAAAACACAAAUGUGGGUUCUGGCUAUUGCUGUAUUGGUGGGAAUCGCUACUAUUAUUUCCAGUUGUACUCUCUGCUGCAUGCAUGCAAAGUAUAAAAAAGAAUUGAAACAUGCACGACUAAGAGAACAGCCAAGAUGUUGCAGUGCAGCAUCCCACACAUCUAGACCAACAGUUGUUGCUCUGGGACCACACGAAAAUCCCUAUGAAUGGGGAGCUGAUAAUACUCUUUAUCAUCCCAGUACAGUAUCGAGGCCUUAAAAAGGUGCAAUUUUUUUUUAAUAAUAUUUUACCUUUUACAGAAUUUUAAUCGAGUGCCAAUUAUUUUUUUUCCCGUCUAUUUUCAAAUAUCUGAGCAAUCUUUUUCAGUUGAGAUAUUUAAGAAAAUGCAAGCGGAUAUUAAAAUGUGUUUUAGUCAUAUUUAUUAUUAUUUUUAUAUAUAUAAAAAAAAGUUAUAUAUAAAGAAGAGAAAGGUAUUUUUUUUCUUUUCAAUGAAUAUUGAACAAAGUGUUUAUAUUAUCGUAUAAUAAUUUUGUAUACAUUUUUUUAGCAGUUACUUUCGUUUGACGCACAAAAAUUUUGUUGAGAU